AUGAGUGGAGAUAUGCCUUUGUCAAUUGACAUCGAAAACGAACGCAAGGAAAUGAUUCUGUUCCUCUGGGAGGUAAAGGACCAGAUCCUCGCUGAUCGCAUCGGCAUGGCGAUAAUCAUUGUUGCAGUGGGGAUUUACGCGGCGGUUUGCAAGUUCGUCAAGAAUCGACGUUCCCAGGGACUCAAGUACACAUUAAACGACGGGCGAGGAGACUACAUUGUUCGAUCAACUGAGAUGAAUAGGUUUGUUCCUUCUGUCGUGUUACCCGGUGACGACACCGAGGAGUCUCCCGAGACUUCCGAAACGACCCAGCCUCUUGAAACAACAACCUCAGUUUCAGAAAUCGAGACUUCUCAAAACAACGGUAAUUACAAAAUCCAGGAAAACAAACCAACGUUCCUAUCUAGUCAAGAUUCUGCUCGGCAUCAGCAUCGCUCUUGUUCUUCUUGGAACAGGAGUGACAAUCUAAAGAUGGCGGAAGCGAAUUCGAACUCACUUCAGAACGCUGCGAAGCAUUUUAAACCCUCCAUCUCAAAACCAAGAAUGCGUGACGACGCAAUCCUCAGCGACUACCAAGACUCGCCAGUGUUUAUUUCGCUUGCAGGUGAGUAUAACGCUAUGCUCAACUGCAAGCAAACUAAACUCUUGCUGGUGAUGUCGAUGGUUGUCAUUGGGCUCGUCACUGUUACGCUUGUUACCACCAUCAUCGCUUAUCUACGACUUCAGCGGGAAAUGCGACGCACUCCUCCGCGACCCCGGGAAACACUUCAGCUAGUUUAA